CAUUAUAACCAAGUUGUUGUAUCCGAUUUUUUACGACAAGUUCUUACAAAUACAAAUUAUUCACAACUAUCUAAAAAUAAACAAGUAUAUCAUCUUGAUUUGGAAAAUGAAUUAGUUGAAAAGCAGGCUUAUGUAGAGUAUGCUUAUAAAAUAGAAGUUAAAAAAAAUACUUGUGAAAUUGGCAUUCAAACUGAAGAGACUGGUAAUAAAAUGACCUAUGAGAUUGGUAUACAAGUAUCUGAUAAUAUGUCAUAUACCUUUGAAAAUUAUAUUAAUCUACUUCAAGUGCAAUUGAGUAUAAAAAUAUAUGAAAUAGAAAACCUUCAAAAACAAUUAGAAUAUAUAUAUGAUUAUGUAAUCAAAAGUUAG